CCCAAUCUGUCCUUUUCCCCGUCGCCUUACUCCAAGGGUCGGGGGUGUGCAUAGACAGGUCCUAAAUCUAUGCUUAAAACUUUCUUUAAAGAAAGUACAUACUUAUAUUUUUGGGUGUUUUACACCUAUUUCACCCGCUUUAACCCCUCCGGUUAUUUUUGUUUGUUUGUUUUCAUUGUACAACAACGUAACUUGAGCUAAUAAAGAUGAUAGACACAGUGACCGGACCUGGAGCCUCACCUUUUGCAGUCCAGCUGAAGGCCUUGACAGACCUGGAGGGCCGCUAUCAGCCAAAACUCAGUGGUUUGAGGAUCAUUGAGAGUGCUUGCGACAAUGGACUCAGGAUGACGAGCAGACUGAGGGAGCUGGAAGUGAAGGACCUGCUCACUCUGAGUAGGUUCUUUGGUUUCAGCUCUGAGACUUUCUCCCUGGCUAUCAGCCUGCUUGACCGCUUCCUCUCUGUCAUGAAGAUUCAACCAAAGCACCUGUCCUGUGUGGGUCUCUGCUGCUUCUACAUUGCUGUGAAGUCAUCUGAAGAGAAUAAAAACAUCCCCCUUGCCAACGACCUGAUCCGUAUCAGUCAGAACCGCUUCACGGUUUCAGACAUGAUGCGCAUGGAGAAGAUCAUUAUGGAGAAACUCAACUGGAAGGUGAAGGCACCCACCGCCCUCCGCUUCCUUCGCCUCUUUUACAGCUACAUCCACGAGCAGUUUGGUGAAGAUAGUGAGAAGUUACUGAGCCUUGAAAGAUUGGAGGCUCAAUUGAAAGCUUGUCACUGCUCCUUUGUCUUCUCCAAAAUGAAGCCAUCUCUGCUUGCCAUCGCUCUCCUGUGUCUUGAGGUGGAGGACCAACAUAACCCACAGGACAGGAACCAACUCUCGGAGGCGCUGAAAAGUCUGCAGAAGCUACUAACUAUCCGUGAUAGUGAACUGGUGUGCGUUCAGGAGUUGGUGGGAAAAUGCCUGGCAGAAUACGCCACCGCCAAGUGCUCCAGGCCCAACAGCCAGAGACUUCGUUGGAGUAUUUCAGGAAGAACCGCCCGUCAGCUGAAACACAGCUACUAUAAGAUCACUCACCUUCCCACCAUACCAGAGUCGGCUUGUUAAACUCUUAGCUGCCAUGUUGUUGCCUGACACUUAACAUUUGUUUGGUGAUUGGAUUAACUUGUCGGGUGACUUGGCUUACUUUUUUUUUUUUUUAACUUAAAGAUCCUCAUCUGUGAGAUGGUGUUCUUUAAGUUGAAAUACUCUUCUCACAGUAACAGAAAACAGUUCUCUACUCUGUUGUACCUCCGAGGGUGUGCGAGUGCACAAGUAUGUUCUCAUUUGAAUCCGUACCACGGUGUUUGGUAUUUCCUGGAACGGGUUCUAGUUUUAAGCUUAAGUAUUGAACCACCUAGGUCCUCAGUCCACCAUGUGGAAGAGGAGGGAGAAGGAUUUUGAGAAACAAAAAUAUGGAACCAAGAAAUCGGGCCCAAAAUCCUUAACUUCCACCCUAGGUUGCUAAACUGUCUUGAAUGCACACUCCUACCCAAGGUGAUUUUUUUUUUUUUGUUUGUUUGUUAAUAAAGCGAGUUGAAGGUAUCAACACAGCGGUCAUUGGUGAAUACGGAUGAGUUGUUUUCGCCAUUGGAUAGAUUUAUUGACAGUGUGAAGUUCCACAUGUUCAACCUGCUUUUUAGUUGGGAAGACAAUGGUACCUUUUGGUCUGAAAAUGUGAUUUGGAAUUUGCAUUGCAGUUCCUUUGCUGUUUGUUUGUGAAGUAUGAUAAGUGUCAUUUUAGUUCAUACAAUCAAAAGGACUGAAUACUUAAUCUUCAAAUGGCCCUGUACCUUUCAAUUAAACUUUAUUAAAAAGUCAA